CAUAUAUACAAAUAUAUAUCUAUAUAUAUUUCCAUAUUAAUUCUACUUCUCUUUUUCUAUUUAUUUAUUUUUUUUAAAAAAAAAACGGAAAUGGCAUAUUCAACUAGUAUUGCUAUUGAACAAACUUCCAAAAUGACUAUUUCAGAAAGACGAGCCACUUAUUCUCUACAAGAGCGAAUAAAAAUAUAUAACCCGAAUAGGAUGGCCCGAAAAUUAAAAAAUCAGACACCUACCAAAUUAGUGUUACAUGACAUUCAUAUUUUAAAUAAGAUCAGUAUCGAUAGUGAUACAGCUAUGACUACAAUUAAACAACGAAGAGAGACUCAUAACCGAAAUGUAUUAGUGAAUCGACUAUCUGGCUUGGUACCAAGAACAGCGGUAGAAAAGAAGAAUAACGAAUUACGUAAGCGAUUAGGUUUACCACCUCGUAAUAAUAGUAGUAGUGUAUUUUCAACUGAAUCAUCUGAAGACUAUUCCGACACCCCUGCUUCUUCUUUCAUAAAAGGCUCGUGA